AAGAGCUCUGGAAGCCACUGGCCAGGUUCUGUUUCAGCAAAGUACCUCGUCGGGAGAUGCCAAUUGUUCACAUUCUUUAUCUCGAGGAGCUUUAUGUAUGCAGAAGUCUUCGCGUCCAUUGUCCUGGAAUCUCAGAUCCAUCUCAUCCAUCACGUCAGGUGUUUUCAAGCGCAAGUUGGACAAUACUCCAAGUAUGUCCCAGCAUAUUCAAGGUUCUCGAUGCUACUCGAAUCCGGGGUGGAGCUUCUCAUCUCUGCAAAGCUCACGGGCAAAGACAAGGACGACGACGACGUGCGUGUUCUCUGAUUCAGGGGUGCCGCCCGUGUUGGUUAAGGAACAAAAAAAAAAAAAAAGUUACUCCAAUUGUUUCCGGCUUCUCAAUGUAUCCGAUAGAGCCUCGUCUUACACUACUCUCAAUACAGAUCCGACACCCAUUGGCAAAGUUGCCAUGCUUCAAACAUUCGAUAACUAUCCGCAUUUUAUUUGGGGUUUAUCUAUAAUGGAGUGCUGUUGCGAUUACUGUCGAUGUCAGUGUCAGUGCCAGUAUCAGUAUAUCAAAGUCGAUAUCAAGUCAAUGUCAGUGCCAUGAUUGAACACUCAGAAGCCGGUGGUCGUCUCUUCGCCAGCUGCGCUUAUUGAUCUCCACACAGCGGACAUUCCUGCAUCGCUCAAACACCGUGCUGGCCAGUCCAACCGCCUCUGAGUCUAGGCUAUCAACAUCCAACCAGGGCAGA